AUGAAAGCCGUCGGUGAGAUUCUGUUUCAGUGCGCAUCCACAGUCUCGAGGCGAGAUAUCUCACCACAGAUCGAAGACAAGGCGCGCGUGCGGACUGGUGGUAUAGGGUACUGGAGACAGGUGGAGAAGGCGAAGUGGCCGGCGCUUCGAACUCAGCAAACAAAGGCUCUGGUGAUUCCCUUUUCCCAAAUCAAGCACGAAUACAAGAUCGAGAACCAAAGUCGAUAUGCCCGAACCAACUCCAGACAACGUCCACAAAUCUACCGAUGCAAGUCAGACUCCGCGCUCAUGCGAGUGCAGAUUGAGAACCACAAUGACUACCCACUGGGACAAGGAAAGCAAGCGUGUUUGUCUCGGGAGCAGACGCGAAUGGGGGACAAUAUUGUAAGGAUCGAUGCUUUUCAAGCGCAAUCGGGGAAAGAGACCAGUAUGGCACACGACACGAAGGGGCGAGAGGCGCAAGAUGAUGGAGGAGAGGACGGGUGCGGCGCUUUAGGGGAGGCAGGUCAAAUCAUGCCCCAACGGGCACCACCUGGGGAGAAAAAGAGAACGGAAGGAAAGAAUUCAAGACGGAAAUACCUCGACGAGCUCUGGAAGAAAGAGAUGACAGUGGAUUCGGCAAAUCCGGCCGAUCUUACGAGGAAACGGUUGGAGAGAGAGGAGGAGGGGGGAAAAGAGGCGAAGGUUAGGACAAGGUGUGAAGCGGUGGAUCUGAGGUGA